AUGUCUACCUCUGCCCGCCGGCGUCUCAUGCGGGACUUCAAGCGCAUGCAAACCGAUCCCCCGGCCGGUGUCUCUGCGUCCCCGGUAGCCGACAAUGUCAUGACCUGGAAUGCCGUCAUCAUCGGACCCGCCGACACACCCUUCGAGGAUGGCACGUUUCGCCUCGUGAUGAACUUUGAGGAGCAGUACCCGAACAAGCCCCCCGGUGUGAAAUUCAUCAGCCAGAUGUUCCACCCCAACGUCUACGGGACCGGCGAGCUUUGCCUGGACAUCCUGCAGAACCGCUGGAGCCCGACGUAUGACGUGGCGGCUAUCCUGACCAGUAUCCAGAGUCUGCUGAACGAUCCCAACACUUCGUCGCCCGCUAAUGUGGAAGCGUCGAACCUCUACAAGGACAACCGCAAGGAGUAUGUCAAGCGAGUGCGGGAGACGGUGGAAAAGAGCUGGGAGGACUAA